AUGGAUGUUGCCGUUCAAGUCCCGAAACUCGAGGGCGUCUACAGCAUUGACGAUUUCAUGGGAAAAGAGGCGGAAGCUCGCCAUGCCGCUCUAAAAGCUGAGAAGUCCGCAGCCGCCAGCAAGAAGGCUGUUAAUACUGGACCUGUUGCACUCGGAUCUCGCUCGUCCAAACACACCAUCGAUCUCCAUGCCAAGUAUCAAGCUCUCGGAAUUCCACAGCCCAUGUUCAACUUCCAUGGUGAUAGCUCGCGUGGAUGGAGUGGUGACGUCGGCUUUCCGGGCUUGGACGCGGACGAAUUGCAGGAUAUCAAGGUCGAUGCCAUGUACCCCAGCAAGCAAGAGGCGAAGGAGGAACUCAGCAAGCUGGCCCUAGAGAUCCUAACGCGCCUGGAGGAGCAGGGCAGAAUCCAAAAGGUCACACCCGACGCUCGUGUGCGCACAUCCAAGCACAGAGUCGCCCUCCACGACAAGUGCCAGAAAAGCGGUUACCCCCAACCAAGCUUCGAGUACGCCGGAAGCAACCAAAAGGGCUGGAGCGCAGAGAUUGUUUUCCCUGGCCUCGAGCUCGACGAACUCAACAUCAAAGAUGAGACUCGAUUUCUCAACAAGCAAGAAGCCAAGGAAGCCGUGAGCAAGCUGGCACUCGAGGCUCUCGAGAUUGCCGAGCAAGAAGGGAAGUUGGAACGCUUCGGCCGCGCAAAAGGACCAGCGACACAAGCGCCGAAGGAGAAGGAAGAACCGGGUCCGAAUUACGUCGGUCAACUUCUCGACUACAGCGUCGGCACAACCUUCGCAUGCCGCCUGACCCUCGACUCGCAAUCCUUCGGCUCGCUGACCGCCACGCGCUCGUCCAAGAAAGCCGCGCGCCAGGAAGCCGCCCGGUGUGCAGUCGAGCACUUCAAGGAGACAGGCGAGUGGCCCACCGACGCCGGCGGGAUCAAGAAGAAGAAAAAAUCCUCCACCGCGCAGUCUGACACUCCCGCAACUCAUUGCCGCUUCCCAUCAGCUUCCCCUCCUUCCUCACUCGGCCCCCCGGAAUGGCGCUUCUCCCCGCCCUCCCCCGACGCGCCACAAUUCCACACCGUGGCGUGUUACUUUGCCAAUGGCGGCGCGCACGCGGGCCCGAUUGGCGAGGUACGCAAUGUGCUAGGCAAGAAGAAGGCGAAGGAGGAGUGUGCGAGACUGACGUUGGCGUAUCUUGAGGAGGUGAGGAGGUAUAGGGUUGAAUGUGGGAGGAGGGUGUUGGAGGGGGUAGUUGGUGGGGAAGGGGUGUUGGAUGGGGCGGUGGGGAGGGGGUGGGAUGGUGAAGGAACAGGUGAGGAGGCAAAGAUCAAGGGGAGUGAAGGAGGAGGGUGUGGAUAUCGAUGUUGA